AUAUAGGUAAACAGAUAUCUAACAAUUAGAUAUAUGCAUAUAAAAGAGUUUAUUAUGUAAAGAAAAAAAAAAUUAAAAAUGUGGUAGAAUAGAAAAUGUGAUAGAACUAAAAUAAAAUGAUGAAGCUGUUUCAUCGUGGAAUUGUAAUUUUACUGUUAGUGGUGGUUUUUGUGGUUUUAUACUUUGCUGUUUAUCCUUACUAUUUUGUCAACAAAUCCUUUGGAGAAAAAUCUUCUCAGAACAACAAUGGGGUAUCUUUUACUACUGAAAAACCAGAAGUAAUUGAUAUUCACAAGUUAAAUGAAGAAUGGGAAAAUUUUCUUUCCCUAAAGUCUCAACUUGAUAAAAAAAAAGACAUUGACGUAGUAAGAAAAAAUCGUUUGAAUAAAAGUAGAGUUCAAAAACAGGGAAAAACAACAAAUGCGCCCCAUGUAAAAUUUAUCAGAAAAAAUACAUCAACAUCCAAACUGGUUGAAGCUACAGAAAGCUUGAUUACUGAUAGUGUGAUUAAGGCUCCUGCUGUAGGAAAAGACAAUGAAAACCAACCUGUAAAAGAAGUCUCAACCAUUGUUAAUCAUGUGAGACAAGAAUCUCUAAGCAAAUCCUCAUUUGAAAAUGAGAAACUAAAUUCUAAAUCUUCAAAGAAAUGGUUAAUUCUUAUUUAUACUCACCUUCAUAAAUUUGAAGAAUGGCCUAACCUUCCAAAGAGUAAAACAAAAGGUUAUUUCAAGAACAUUUUAUGUAAAGCAAGAAAUUGUCGUGUGACCUAUGAUAAAAGUUUGUUUAAAAGUUCUGAUGCUGUUAUUUUUCAUGAAAGGAAUAUGCCUGGACCUGAUAUGUUAGAUACAUUGAACAGUUGGAGAACUGUUCAACAGAGGUGGAUAUUUUUUACGUCAGAGACUCCAAAGAAUUCUGACACUAAUAUUGUCCCAUAUAAUGGGUUGUUUAAUUGGACAAUGACCUACAAAAAGGAUAGUGAUAUUUACCUACCUUAUUUACAAUAUCGAGUAUUAGAUGAAAAUGAUUCACGGCCUCCUGCUAAUUAUGACUAUUCAAAAUUAAAAACCAUGUCAACUGCUUGGUUGGUAGGUAAUUGUAAAUUUUUUUUCCGAAUGGAAUACGUCCGUUUAUUGCAAGAGUACACUGAUAUUCAUGUUGGUGGUGGUUGCAGAGAUAAAUUUAAAAAUUGGAUCAAUUGUACACGAUGGUGUCCUAUUGAAAAUUUAAAAACUUAUAAGUUUUAUUUAUCAUUUGAAAAUGGCAUCUGCACUGACUAUAUAUCGGAAAAGUAUUGGAAAUAUUUAGAACUUGGUUUAGUUCCUGUAGUUUUAGGAGGAUCAGACUAUAAUGAUCCGAGAUUAGUUAUUCCAGGAUCUUUUAUUGAUGCAUCAAAGUUUUCAUCUGCGAAAGAAUUAGGGUUAUACUUAAAUUACCUUGAUAAAAACGAUACUGCAUAUAACGAAUAUUUUAGUUGGAAACAAAAAUACAAAAUAUGGCAUCCUCCUGAGGGAGAUUGGCCAUUUGAAAGUUACUUUUUAUGUAAAUUAUGUGAAAUGCUAAACGCAGAUUUACCUAAAAAAACAUAUUGGAGUUUAUCAGAAUUCUGGAAUGAAUAUACUGAUUGUGAAGUGCCAGAAGAAAACUUAAAAAAAAGUAUGUUUCCUGAAAAUUUUGAUUGGGAAUAUCCAAACAAGCGAGAAGAUGAAAAGGAACUUAUAAAGAAAUCGAUCAUUCGUAAAAACUUCGAUGAAGAAUGAGUAUCUGUAUUUAUAAUUGUAUUUAUUAUUUUUAUUUCUUUAUUAGUGAAUUAAAGUAGACAAAGUUAGGUGUUUGCAGA